CUUGGAUCUCGAGUGUCACAUUAGCAGUUACAGUAAGUAGACCAUGAGUCUGCCAGCAGCCCCACCCAGCUAUGCUGAAGCUACAGCAGGAGAUAAAGAACAAGGAGCUGAUAGCUUCACUUACGCUUCCCAGCUGCCCCCAAUGCCACCACCAACCAUGCCCAUGCACCCCAGCUGGGCUUAUGUGCAUCCCGGCCCUAGUCCAGGAUAUUCCAAUGCUUAUGCUGCAGACAUGUCCUCACCCUUCUCUGAUCCGAGCUCCAGCAGCAGCUUCGAUGGCCUGAGUGGAAGCACCUGGGAGGACAAGAAUGUCCGCCGCAUGUUCAUCAGGAAGGUCUUCUGUAUCCUCAUGGUUCAGCUCAUGGUCACAUUUAGUGUGGUGUCACUCUUCACAUUUUGUGAGCCAGUCCGGAAGUUUGUACAGUACAACCGGGUUUUCUAUCUGACCUCAUACAUGACUUUCAUGGGAACAUACCUGAUGCUUGUGUGCAGCACAAACGCACGACGAAGAUACCCAACCAAUAUGAUCCUUUUAGCCAUUUUUACUUUGGCAAUGUCCUAUAUGGCUGGCAUGCUCGCCAGCUACCAUAAUACCAAAGUGGUGAUGUUGAGUGUGGGCAUCACAGCACUGGUGUGUCUGGCCAUCACACUCUUCUGUUUCCAGUCCAGGGUUGACUUCACCACCUGUCACGGAUUACUUUUCUCUCUUAUGAUGGUGCUGAUGAUAACCGGGCUUCUGCUGUUCUUUACUGCACCAUUUGGAUAUAUACCCUGGUUGCAUACUGCUUAUGCUGGAUUUGGCGCUCUGGUUUUCACUCUGUUCCUGGCGUUCGACAUGCAGUUGUUGAUUGGCAACAGACGGUACUCUCUGAACCCAGAGGAGCAUGUGUUUGGAGCCAUCUGCCUCUACAUGGAUGUGGUCUACAUAUUCCUCUUUUUCCUUCAGCUCUUUGGGAGCCGGGAGUGAGGUGUUCAUGCUAUGCCUGGGCUUGAGCCUUUGUCCUCUGUUACACACACACACACACUCAUACACACACACACCUACCCUUCUCAGUUACUCCAAGGUUUGGUGAGGAGUGAACAGUCUUCCUUCAUUCUGUGUGGCAGUUGAAGUUUGAUGUGUGCUGUUAUUUUCCUUUUGUUCGUGGUUAGGCAGCUCUUUGCACACCUAGUAUGCACCCUUGCUGCAAGAUAACCAUACUACCAAUCAGAUUUACACAUGCAGGGUAGACAAUCACUG